GUACCCCAUACGUAGCCAACUAGACUGCUAGAGAGAGCAGACGACUACAACUUCACCUCUCUUCUUUCUCUCUCUAAUUGCUCCAAUGGCGACGUGGGCAACACUAGACUGCUCGGCUACCCAGUUGGCCGACCUCCUUGGGGGGCCCAACUCCACCGGCGCAGCCAACUUCAUCUGCAACCAAAUCGCCGGCGUCUCCUCCAAGCUCUCCGACACCGCCUACGCCGUCGACACCACCUUCCUCCUCUUCUCCGCCUACCUCGUCUUCUCAAUGCAGCUCGGCUUCGCCAUGCUCUGCGCCGGCUCCGUCCGCGCCAAGAACACCAUGAACAUCAUGCUCACCAACGUCCUCGACGCCGCCGCCGGCGGCCUCUUCUACUACCUCUUCGGCUUCGCCUUCGCCUUUGGUGGCCCCUCCAACGGAUUCAUCGGCAAACACUUCUUCGGCCUCAAAGAGGUCCCGUCCAACACCGGUUUCGACUACAGCCACUUCCUCUACCAGUGGGCCUUCGCCAUCGCCGCCGCCGGAAUCACCAGCGGAUCCAUUGCCGAGAGGACUCAGUUCGUCGCCUACCUCAUUUACUCCUCCUUCCUCACCGGAUUCGUCUACCCGGUCGUCGCCCACUGGUUCUGGUCAGUCGAUGGCUGGGCUAGUGCCUUAAAUACCGGAAACCUCUUAUUUGGAACCGGUGUCAUCGAUUUCGCCGGGUCGGGUGUGGUCCAUAUGGUCGGAGGCAUCGCCGGUCUCUGGGGAGCUUUCAUCGAAGGCCCCCGAAUCGGGCGGUUCGACCACUCCGGCCGGGCCGUUGCUCUCCGCGGACACAGCGCUUCUCUCGUCGUUCUGGGCACAUUUUUACUCUGGUUCGGGUGGUACGGGUUUAACCCCGGUUCGUUUACCAAGAUCCUGAGUCCGUACGGGUCAUCCGGAUCCUAUUACGGGAUGUGGUCAGCUGUGGGUCGGACCGCUGUCACCACAACUCUCGCCGGAUGCACCGCCGCUCUCACCACUCUCUUCGGAAAAAGAAUUCUGUCGGGUCACUGGAACGUAACGGACGUCUGUAACGGCCUUCUCGGCGGAUUCGCGGCGAUAACUGCUGGAUGUUCUGUCGUCGAACCGUGGGCGGCGAUCGUAUGCGGGUUCGUGGCCGCUAUCGUUUUGAUCUCGUGCAACAAACUGGCCGAGAAGUUGAAAUUCGACGACCCGCUGGAGGCGGCGCAGCUUCACGGAGGGUGCGGCGCGUGGGGGAUAAUUUUCACGGCGCUGUUUGCGAGGGAGAAGUACGUGAACGAGGUGUACCCGGGAAAAGAGGGGCGGCCAUACGGGCUGUUUAUGGGCGGCGGAGGGAAGCUGCUGGGGGCCCACUUGAUACAGAUAGUGGUAAUUAUAGGGUGGGUGAGCGCGACGAUGGGGCCGUUGUUCUUUGUGCUGCACAAGCUGAAGCUGCUGAGGAUAUCGGCGGAGGACGAAAUGGCGGGUAUGGAUCUGACCCGGCACGGGGGAUUUGCUUACGUGUACCAUGACGACGAAGACGCGCAGAAGCCGAGCGUGAUUCAGCUUAGAAAAGUAGAACCGAACGCUUCCACGCCGCCGACUUCUGUGUAGAAUCUAAUAAAUUUCCGUAUUAAAAUUAAAUUUGAAAGGUUAAAAAAUGUGUGCUUUGAAUUUGAUUAGGAUGGUUGUCUAAGUGUUAUUAUCUGUAAGAUUUGGUGUGAAAUAAUCUUGUCAUUAAAAAAAAUUGUGUGUAGUGUGUUAGUGGUUGAUGUAUAAUUUGUAUAUGCAUGUUGGCGACAAGGAAGUUGUGGAGGAACAAGACUGAGUAUUUUUUGUGUUAAAUUAAAGAGAUCCAUAAGAAAUGUGUGGCUGUGGCUGCCUUUGUUUU